CGGACUGUAUCUCCCAUAAGAACAUCCCAAACACUUGCAGUGCCGUCUUAUUCUUUAUCUUGUCCCCAUUCUUCGGCAAUACUGUGCAUCAUACCAUCAUGUCUCGAUUCAUCAAACGUAUAUUCAACGAGAACCUAUUCCGGAAAGACGCCCCCAGAACCACAGAUGAUCUCCAGCGAUCACGGCGUGUAUUGAGAAAAGCUUCGACAGACAGACUGGGCGAAUAUUCAAAUGGAAGGGCUUCUUUGCUUGAUCUUUCACAGCAUGUGGAGGAAAACAGGGCAUUAAGAGAUGGGGCAAGUCUAGCCGAUAGCGAGAUGCGUGCUGCAGAGCCCAUCCUAGCGUCGAACCAGGUCGAUUAUGAGCAACCUACAACGAUAUCGAAAACAAAAUCCACGCGCCGCCGACUUAGUAAAAGGCAUGGAAGACCGACAUAAAUGAUUUUAUCGGUGUUUGAGUCAGCGUCUUACCUAUGUUGUGCUUUCAGAAGAUAUAGGUCGGUUUCACUCACUGAUGAAGAUUAGCUGGAAACUCACUGACCGCCUGCAGAAUGGCUCUACGCAAGGAAUUUCAAACGAGCUUGAAUUCCACGAUACAAAGAACGUGCUACAUACUGGAAC